UCUCCAUAGAAACCUUGGGAAAGUCAAAUCAAAUGGCUAAUGAUUCCGUUAACGUUAUCAGAGCUUUAAAAACGAAAUCAAAAUCGCUUAAUUUGAGUUCCAGGAAAAUUACACAUCUUCCAGAAGUUUUUGCGAAGCUGCCAUGGAUUGCUGUAUUAAAGUUGAAUAAUAAUUAUCUGUCGAGUCUCCCGUCUGAACUGAUGUGUUUACAGAAGUUGACAGAGCUCAAUCUGGGAAAUAAUAUUCUUGAGGAGAUUCCAUCCGUGUUAAAACACCUCUGUUGUCUAAAUAAACUUUAUUUAUAUGGGAACAAAAUCAGCCAUUUGUCACCAGAGGUGCUGGAAGGUCUACCAAACCUCAAGCUUCUCAAUUUAAACCACAACAGAAUCAAAGUCAUUCCGGCAGAAAUUAAAAAACUGUGUAGUCUAAAGAGCAUCAGUGUCACAGACAAUCAUUUGCAGCAGAUUCCAGCUGAACUGGGCUUGAUGAAGAGUUUGACUGAGAUUAACUUCACUAAUAAUAAACUGACUCAAAUACCACAACAGCUAUGCAAUUUAUCACAGCUGAGGAAGCUGUACUUGGCCCGAAACAACCUGACAGAACUACCAGAGGGUGUUCUUGGUUGGAAAAAUCUGAAGAUCUUAGAUGCUGCCGGAAAUUUUUUAUCUGUGUUUCCAGUUGGUUUUCAGUUUCUCACAUUGGAUGAACUGUUCUUCGAAGGAAACAAUUUAGUUCCGUUCACACUGACGGAGUCCGUUCAAGAGAAAGAAGUCCUCGCAUUAAAAGAACUCUCAGCCAGGCUCAUCCUCCAGGAGAGCACUAACAGUUUCUCAGUGGUGUCCAGAGCUCUGCCAGUGUACCCAGAUCUGCAGGACAUGCUGUCUCAUUGGGGCCAGUGUGGCCUGUGCUCACAGCCCUUUCUCACCACCUGGCUGGAGUGUGUGCAGUUCAUCAACACCAAGAAGCACAUGGGGAUGAAAAGCUCACAGUCUUUUCCAGUGAGAGUUCUGCUGUGCUCUUACGACUGCUUCAACAGAGAUGACCACCAAUACUAUGGGCUUGCACGAUUAUAAAUUAAAAAUGUAUCUUUUUAUUUUCCCCAA